AUGGAGGGGGAUAUUACGUCAAUUGGGAAUAGUUUCGGAAGCAAUAAUAAUUACUUUAGAGGCAAUGUACCUAUUCAGCUACAAAUUGCUGAACAUAAUAAUGAAAAUGUCUCCAAAAGAGAAAGCAGAUGGUCAAAAGUGGAUGAGGGAUCUACAAGCAGAUGGAAGAGUGUAUAUGAAAAGGAAUAUAUUCCUCCAGCCUACUCUGACUUUCCUCCAGGAAUGAAUAACUAUGACAUUGAUCAAUUUUUAAGAGAACAAAGAUUGGAUGAGUUAAUUUAUAAACUUCAAAUGGGAGAAAUAGAGUAUGGUAGUCCAGAUAUUAGAGAGCCAAGUCCACCUCCGAUAUAUGACAAGAAUGGUUCGAGAAUAAAUACAAGAGAAGUAAGAGUAAGAAAGAAUAUGGAGGAAGAAUUGUCAAAUUUAAUAGAAUAUAUGUCAAAUAAUGUUCAAGGUUAUGUUGUACCAAAAGAUUAUAAGCCGUUAAAAAAAACUAAGAAAUUAAUAAUACCAUUAGAUAAAUAUCCUGACUAUAAUUUUAUGGGUUUAAUUAUAGGCCCAAGAGGAUAUAAUCAUAGAAGACUAGAAGCAGAGAGUGGUACACAAAUUUCAAUACGUGGGAAGGGGACUACUAAAGAAGGUAAAAAAUGUGAUCAUCAAACUGAAGAAGAAUUAGCGAUGCCAAUGCAUGUUCACAUCACAGCAGAGUCUCAAUACAAAUUAGAUAAAGCAGUUAAUAUGAUACAACCACUUUUAGAUCCUUUCCAUCCCUUACAUGAAGAAUAUAAAAGAGAUGGAUUACAACAACUUGCAAUUAUUAACGGUACACUAAACACAAAUUUGAAUAAUCCUAGUAGCCUAAUAAAUACAUUUUCAAGCGGAAAUACUGCAAUAACUCUGGCAAAAGGAUGUUUGCACUGUGGUUCUACACAGCAUCCUACUUAUGCUUGUCCAGAUGUUAACUCAUUAAAUUCAUUUAAAAGACCCGAUAUUAAAUGCAGUAUUUGCGGUGAUAAAGGCCAUAUUACAAAAGAUUGUAAGCAAUAUGUUCCAAAUAAUAAUGUUGAAGAAGAAUUUAAGAAGAUGAUGAUUGAGCUUGGCCAUGAAGUUAAUUAUAACGCAGAAACUACUAACAAUGCUAAUGAACUUUCCGGUGAAUACAAUGUUAAUGGAGACUAUUAUGAAAAUCUUUAUUCUAAUAAUGAUCAGCUUUAUGAUCAAAGUAGUUACGAACAACAAAACUACGAUUGCCAAAGUGAAGUAAACAAUACCAAUGAUAACGCUACUUUUGCUUAUCAAACUUUCCAUAACAAUAUUUACGAUAGUAAUAUAAUUAUCAAUAAUAACAACAUUAAUAACCAAUUAUAUAAUAAUUUCAACAAUGACGAUGAUGAUGAUAAUAUGGACGAAUCUGAUUAA